CGCGGCCGCACUCCCUCCAUCGUCUUUCCCCUCCCUUUUCUUCUUCUUCUUCACUCCGCUGAGACGCUCGGCCGCAGAGGGACUCCUCUUCGAACGAUUUCAGAACGAGCGGUUCUAACUUGUUUGGGCAGCUGUCGGCGGAGGAAUAAAGCGGAAAGAGGAAAGAGACGAAGCAGAGGCAAAAUUGUCAAAACUUACAACACUAGGUUUUUGCCUAGUCUCCACUGUGCUUUUGUUUCUCUCUUCAUCAGAGAUUCAUCGUGUCUUUAAUGGGAAAGAAGCGAAAGCACAGCGAGCCUACUGAGGCUGCAGUCACUGUUAAAGACGAAAGUGCGCCUGAAAGGCCGAAAAGAACUCUUCUCGGAUAUAAAACCAAAGUUGAGGAUGAAAAGAAAAUCGAUAGUCCUCACGCUGGUUUCCGGAAUAAGGAGAAAGUGCUGGUCACUUGCACGCGCCGCAUCAGUUUCAGGUAUCGCCAUUUGAUGCUGAACUUGGUUGAUCUUCUGCCUCACUGUAAGAAAGAUAACAAAAUUGAAUCUAAGGAGAGUAAAGGCGCUACACUGAAUGAGCUUGUUGAGCUUAAGAGCUGCUCUUCUUGUUUGUUCUUUGAGUGCAGGAAAGGGAAGGACCUUUACUUAUGGAUGGCAAAGUGCCCCAAUGGUCCAUCUGUCAAGUUCUUGGUCAAUGCGGUGCAUACGAUGGAGGAACUGAAACUUACUGGAAAUCAUCUCAAGGGCUCACGUCCAAUCUUGACUUUUUCAUCCAAUUUUGAUAAGAACCCUCACUGGCAGCUUUUGAAGGAGAUGAUUUCUCAGAUAUUUGGCACACCAAAGGAUCACAGGAAAUCAAAGCCUUACCAUGACCAUGUUUUUGUCUUCUCCAUUGUCGAUGACCACAUAUGGUUCCGUAAUUACCAGAUAUCAUGCCCCCACACUGGAGCACAAAAAUUGGACUGUGGAGACUUGGACAAGAUGACAUUGGUUGAGGUUGGCCCAAGGUUCUGUUUGAACCCAAUUAAAGUCUUUGGUGGCAGUUUUGGUGGUCCAACACUAUAUGAAAAUCCAUUUUAUGUCUCGCCGAACCAGAUUCGAUCCCUCGAGAAGAGGAAGCAGGCUGGGAAAUAUGUUAAGAAAGUUAAAGCCAAGACCAGGCGGAAGAUGCACGAGCUGGAAAAUCCCCUGGAAGUCGACGAGUUUGCUGAUAUGUGGAAGGAGUAACAAAAAAAACCCAGGAAGGAUAAAUUAAAUGCGCGGCUAUUCGACGAUUUUGUCGACAGACACAGGAGCUAAUUGGUUUGCUUGCUCUCACUUCAAAUACUCUACUAUUAAUUCUAGCAUUGCUGUGUGCCAGAAAUUAGCAUGUAGUUUCUAAUUAUCUAUGAAUUUUGACGAUAAAGCUAUAUUACUGUUUCAAUUUUAUUGUUUUAUAA